AUGGAGACCACAGGAGAACUGGAGAGGGAGAACGCCAGGCUGAAAGAGGAGGUGGCCCUACUGACCCGUGCCCUUGCAGCCUUCGAGUCGCCCACGAAUUCGAAGGCCCGCCGUAUAUUCGAACUGUUUGACGCCGACCAAGACGGUCUCCUCGACGAGCCAGAGCUGCGCCAGCUCGCUGCCCACCUUGGUGAGGAGGUGGGUGGUGAAGGAUGGCCAGCGGGCGAAGGCUGGACGUUUGACCACUUCUACGGGUGGUGGUCGGCGCCCGACGAGCAGCCACCCGCCUCUCCCACCCCUGCGUCCUCUCCUCAUCAUCCGACUCUCGCAGCACUUCGCGCCAAGCUGAGGUCGAAGCACUACAUGCGUACGGUGUUUCGGCUGGUGGAGAAGGCCAGCCAAGCGCCUCCGCCGCAAGUCCAGACAACCACCGACCAAACCAACCAAACCAACCAACCAUCAGACAAGGGCAAGGCGAAGGACAGAGGGGUGGAAGGCCCUGCGGACGCGGAAGCCGACGAACUGUGUAAGAUCGACGUCAAGGCGCAGGUGGGUCCUUUCGAGACAGCGGCGUGCGGGGCUGUUCUCAGCUACGCGUUUUCGCCUGACGACGCCCGACAGUAUCGCAAGCAGUACCAGGCCAAAGACAAAGGAGCGCUUGUCUCGCUCUAUCUCACCAUCAAGGAAGGCGUUGAUGACUUUGAGUUGGGCGAGCUGGCGGGCAACCUGAGGAACAUCCUGCUGAUGACGAAGCACAACUACCACUGCGCGGAUUUCAAGAUUCAGGUGGUCCGCGAGAACGGCGAGCGCACGUUCAAGAUCACCCUCAUCUUCGAGCACAACUCCAGCCUGGAGUAUAUUCAGCGGCUGGACGCGCAGCUGGAGCUGUCGGAGGCGCCCCUCGACGAGGCGUCCAGCGAAUUCAUUCGCGCUCGCGCCUCCCUUUCGGCCCUCGUUCACCGCUCCGCCGUUGACUUCGUGCGGGCCAUCAUGUCCGACGGCGAGGAGCAGAGGCCGAACGGACAGCGUUCGGAUCUCAUCGCCCUGUUCUCUGCCCUCCGCGAUGUUGACCUCAACUUGCGGUUCGAUGAUGUGGGCGACUUGUUCCGCCAGGCCUUCUCCGAUGCACCUGUCGCCGACCUGCGAGGCUGGCCCACCGCCAAGGUACUGGUGGCCGGACUGCUGCGCAGCGGGCUCUCGAAAAAGGACGAGGCCGACGCGGUCCUGCGGUCGUCCUACGCCAACGUGAAGAAGUUCCUCCGUGGCCUCGAUUCGCUUCGCUUCCAGAUCGGAUCCAACAUCUUCCAGUUGAAGUGCAACAACCUGGACAUCAUCGCGUUCCUGCCCACAGUCGUGGAGCUGGGCCUUUCCGGCUCCAGCACUUGA